CCGUCCACCAAGACUUUUUCCAUCAAAACUGCUGCAGUAGAGGCAACACAAGAGAUUACUAUUUUGUGGUUGAUCACACACAAAAAUAUAUUUUUAUGAGGUGCUCAAAGGGUCUGCGACGUGUGACAGCUGGUGUUUACAGUCCUGUAGGUUGUUUAAAGCGUCAAGGGCGGAAAACAAAAAGGCAAAACCUCCUCCUCCUCCUCUUCUGCCUCCUCCUCCUCCCCCUGCCAGACUUAUUUUUCCUCUGGAGGAAAAGGGGCAGUCGGCGUGUGCUGCGGUGGAGGAAAGGUGGUUGACAGCGACGCCGUCUCGCAAAAUCUGAGAAAUCUCUUGAAACUGCUCUGCAAAGAAGGCAUCGUCUCAAAGGUUUCCUGGAGGUUGCCGUUUGGAUAUUUGCGCUGCGUUCAGAGAUUAAAAACCUGCAGCCAUGUCUCCCUUCCUAAGGAUUGGGUUCUCCAACUUUGAGAUAGAUCCCGGUCUGGCCUACCAUGAAGAGGUGCUGAACCCGUACUGUGCUGUUUACAUGAAGGAGGCCAUCGACACAGAAAAGGGCCAAGUGUACAAGCAGAAGAAGCCCACCAUGUACCCGCCGUGGAGCACCACGUUCGAUGCCCACAUCCACCGCGGUCGCAUCAUGCACGUGAUGGUGAAGGACCGGACGGCGGAGCUGAAGUCGGAGGCCACGGUGGCUCUGGACUCGCUGGCGACGCGGUGCAAGAAGGAGAACGGCAAGCUGGAGAUCUGGCUGGACCUGAAGCCACAGGGUCGCCUGCUGAUGGAGGCCAAAUACUAUCUGGAGAAAAGUGACGCUGCGGGCCAGACCGAGGGAGACCCCGACUCCGAACGAGAGAGAGAGGGUCUGUUCGCCCUCCAUCACCGGCGAGGCGCCAUCAAACAGGCUAAAGUUCACGUCGUCAAAUGUCACGAGUUCAGCGCAACGUUCUUCCCUCAACCGACCUUCUGCUCCGUCUGCAAAGAGUUCGUCUGGGGUCUCAACAAGCAGGGCUACCAGUGCAGACAGUGCAACGCAGCAAUUCACAAAAAAUGCAUUGACAAAAUAAUCGCCAAAUGCACCGGUUCAGCCAUAAACAGCAAAGAAACGAUGAUCCACAAGGAGCGCUUCAAGAUCGACAUGCCCCACCGGUUUAAAGUCUACAACUACAAAAGUCCCACUUUCUGUGAACACUGCGGUACUCUGCUGUGGGGGAUCGCCAAGCAGGGGCUCAAAUGUGAGGAAUGCUGCAUGAACGUCCAUCAUAAAUGCCAGAAGAAAGUAGCCAACCUCUGUGGGGUCAACCAGAAACUGAUGGCUGAAGCUCUGGCCAUGAUCGAGAGUAAACAGCAGGCCAGAAGCGGGAGAGACACGGAAAAUGAAAUCAUCGGUCGGGAAGGUCCGGUCGGUGUCGGCCAGCCGGGAAUGGUCCGAGCUCCGUCUGGGUUAGUGCCAGAUGCACCAGCCACAGCUACACCUGCAAACAAAGAGCCGCAGGGUGUCUCGUGGGACGGGCCGACCGACGGCGGCAGGUCGAUCACGGAGGCGGUGACGGACGAAGAGCCUCUGUACGCGGUUCCCAGGAAGGAACACCAACCCAAAUUCACCGUCGAUGACUUCGUCCUGCACAAGAUGCUCGGGAAAGGCAGCUUCGGCAAGGUGUUUUUAGCUGAGCUGAAAAAAAGCGGGCAUUUUUACGCGGUGAAGGCUCUAAAAAAGGACGUGGUGCUGAUGGACGACGACGUCGAGUGCACCAUGGUGGAGAGGAGGGUCCUCUCUUUAGCCUGGGAAAACCCUUUCCUCACGCACCUUUACUGCACCUUCCAGACCAAGGAGAACCUGUUCUUCGUGAUGGAGUAUCUGAACGGAGGCGAUCUCAUGUUCCACAUCCAGAGCUGCCACAAGUUUGAUUUGCAUAGAGCCACCUUCUAUUCAGCUGAAAUCAUCUGUGGGCUCCAGUACCUUCACUCUAAAGGAAUCAUUUACAGGGAUCUGAAGCUGGAUAAUGUGCUGCUGGACUCGGAGGGCCACAUAAAGAUUGCAGACUUCGGCAUGUGUAAGGAGAACAUGCAGGAGGAGUCACGGACCGCCACUUUCUGUGGGACACCUGACUACAUCGCACCCGAGAUCCUGCUGGGUCAGAAGUACAACAGCUCAGUGGACUGGUGGUCGUUUGGCGUGCUGCUGUACGAGAUGCUGAUCGGUCAGUCUCCGUUCCACGGCCGCGAUGAAGAGGAGCUGUUUCAAUCCAUACGAACAGACAACCCCGUUUACCCCCGCUGGCUCACCAAAGACGCCAAGGACAUGCUGAUCAAGUUGUUUGUGAGGGAGCCUGAGGAGCGUCUGGGAGUGAAGGGAAACAUCAGAGAGCACAACUUCUUCAGCAGCACCGACUGGACCAACCUGGAACAACGCAAGGUGGCGCCGCCCUUCAAGCCAACUAUAACGUCACCCAGCGACUGCAGUAACUUUGACAAAGAGUUCAUCAACGAGAAGCCGCGGCUGUCGUGCGCCGACCGGACGCUCAUCAACAGCGUCGACCAGACGAUGUUCAGAAACUUCUCCUUUGUCAAUCCGGGGAUGGCUGCUCGCAACGCAGCACGCUGAUCGCCGGACCGACAACCUACUACCUGACAAACAAACCGCUCAGUCACUCACAACCAGCACUUAACUGUAACUGAAACAAACUGCAGAGACUUUAGACCGUGAAUGUCACAAAACUCAACUGUAUCCGUAUUAAAACAUGAUGAUAACCACUAAGGGGGUGACCUGGGCGUUAGGCACAUACUACGCAACUGUGACGGGAUCUUUGACGCAUGUAUUUUAUGUCUCUAUUUUAAAUAAAAACAAAAAUAUCCACAAAACUCUUUUUAAAAACAGCCAAAUAACAAAAACUUCUGGGCUGAGACAAAGACCAAGAUAUACAAAUUUACAUUUUACCUGAAGUCAAAUAUGUAGUGGCAUAUAAUUAAUUCCAUCUUAAAGUAUUCAACCCCCUUAUCUUGCCUCAUCGGGGUGUUUAUCAAUAGAAAAUGUGUUGUAAUGAACUUAUGGUGCCUCAUAUCAAACUUAGUUUACACCAAAAUACAUCUAUUCUCCUGUUAUCAUUUUAUUUCCUGUCCUAUUCCAUUGCUUAAUGAGUCUUUUACCUACACGUGUUAAAAAUAUAAUUUUUGUUGUGUAAAUAAAUGUAAUCUAUUUCUGUUGAUAUGCUGUAUUAUCAGUUGGAUGUAGAUGUGUUAAUGUAUAGCAGGUUUUUGUUUACGUUAUUGUACCUCAGGAGUUUUAUUGAGGCUGUAAUUUGGAUCGGGUACUUAGAUCAGCUGUAGUUUUUACUGUUCUCUUCAUUGUGAAUCCUGAACCUGUACAAUAAAAUGUGUGUUUUUUU